GCCCAUUGUACUCCAUCUGUACUCAUUGUGACUUGCUGUUGUCAUUGAUUGUUUGAUCACUGGGUACAAGUUCAAUUUUUUUUUUUUUUAACCUUUUUAACUUCCACUCUCAGCGCACGCAGACAGUAGCUUGCCCAGCUUCGCGUCACAAACCCAUCAAAAUGGGCAAAGAAGUCUUGGACGCUGAGGCGCCCUCGGAUACUUCCAUCGAGAAUGGCAGCGAUGUCCCAAAGCUCACCAGCACAACGGAACGUAGAUUGAUGGCUAAGAUUGACCUUCGGCUUCUUCCCGUCCUUUGCGUGCUCUACCUUCUUGCCUUCUUGGAUCGUGUCAACAUCAGCAAUGCUGUCAUCUUUGGCCUACGCGAGGAUCUUAAUAUCGUUUCUGGCACACAGUACAACACCGCCUUGACAAUCUUCUUCGUACCAUAUAUUCUUUUUGAGAUCCCAUCAAACAUCCUCCUCAAGAAACUUCGGCCACAUGUGUGGUUGUCUGUUUGCAUGUUCCUCUUUGGCCUCGUCACGCUCUGCCAGGGCCUUGUCAAAAAUUAUGCUGGCCUGUUAGUGACGCGCUUCUUCUUGGGUCUCUUCGAGACUGGCAUGUUUCCAGGAUGUUUCUACCUUAUGGGAAUGUGGUACAAGCGAAGUGAAGCCCAGAAGCGCUUCUCUUUCUUCUUUAGCUCCACAACUUUGGCCGGUGCUUUCGGAGGUCUCCUGGCUAGUGCCAUUGGCAAAAUGGAUGGGCUGUCCGGCUACCGUGGAUGGCGAUGGAUUUUCAUCCUUGAAGGUCUUCUCACCUGCGUCGUCGCCGUCGCGUGGUUCUUCUUGAUUCCAGACUUCCCCGAAGAUGUUAAAUGGAUGAACGAGGAGGAGCGAUCUUUCAUCCGUGCUAAGCUGAGCAAGGAUGUCGGAAGUGCUGGCCAUCACAUCUCUCUGACCUGGAAGGAUGUGCUCGACGUGUUGAAAGAUUACAAGGUCUUCGUCGGUGGAUUGAUGUACUUUGGCAUGAUCGUUCCCGCCUACAGCUAUGCCUACUUUGCUCCCACGAUCAUCAAGACAUAUGGAUACAGCCCAAUCAAAACCCAGCUUUACUCCAUUCCUCCAUGGGCUGCGGCAUUUGGCUUCGCUAUGACUCUUGCCUAUAUCUCCGACCGCGUCAGACAUCGCUUCCUCUGCGCUGUCAUUCCCAUCUGCAUGGCAAUCGCAGGUUUUGCGAUGGUCCGAACGAUUCACGGUGAAACAACUCGUCACACUCAAUACGGUGCUCUAUUCCUCAUUACCAUGGGCGCCUACAGCGCCAUGCCAAUCAUCGUAUGCUGGUUCGCGAUGAACCUAAGUGGGCACAAGCGUCGCAGCAUCGGAACAGGUUGGCAAAUCGGGUUCGGCAACAUUGGCGGCAUCAUCGCAACAUAUUCCUUCCUUGAAAAGGAUAAACCAAACUACAUCCCCGGCCACUCGAUCUGUCUUGGAUUCCUUGCCCUCGCCGCAGCCAUGUGCUGCGUCUACUUCGUCCUCCUUGUCUAUCGUAACAAGAGCCGUGACAAGGCUGCCGCUGCCGGUGCAGAAGUGGUUGAUGACAGCGACCUCACCCCCGAGCAGUUGAGAGAGAAAGAAUUGCUGGGAGACUUGAACCCAAGCUACAGAUACCAGUUAUAAAACAAAUGUAAGAAAAAAAAAUGUAUUUUCUGGGUGGACAAUCAUU